GAAAACAGCAUGUCCCCUUGGCUGCUUGGGACUGGGCUGAUGCUUCUGAGCCUAGUGGUUUCUGCUAGGAGCCAGAAGACAGAACCCCUAAGUGGCUCUGGGGACCAACCACUCUUCCCUGGAGCCAAUCGACAUGACUUUGCCAUCAUGAUCUCUCCAGGAGGCACAGAGUGUUUCUGGCAAUUUGCCUACCAGAAUGGCUAUUUCUAUUUCAGCUAUGAGGUUCAGAGGACACUUGGAAUGUCACAUGACCGGCACGUUGCUGCCACUGCACAUACCCCACAGGGUUUCCUCAUAGGUACCUCCCAGGAUGUUCGGGGCCAGAUUAACUUUGCUACCCAAGAAACAGGUUUUUAUCAGCUGUGUUUAAAAAAUGACCAAAAUCGCUUUGGUUCAGUGCAAGUUUACCUCAACUUUGGAGUCUUCUAUGAGGGGCCAGAGAUGGAUCACAAAGAGCAUCAGAGGAAACAACUGAAUGACACUCUGGAUGCAAUUGAGGUGAGCACACGUAAGGUGCAGAACAAUGUCUUUCACAUGUGGCGUUUCUACAACUUUGCCCGGAUGAGGAAGGUAGCUGACUUUUUCCUUCUUCAGUCAAACUAUGCCUAUGUGAACUGGUGGUCCAUGGCUCAAAGCCUUGUUAUUGUUCUUUCUGGGGUCCUGCAGCUGUAUUUCUUGAAGCGUCUUUUCAAUGUCCCUACUACUGACACAAAGAAGCCAAGAUGUUAAGUGGCCAUAGCAUCUGUCAAAGCUUUGCUCAGUAACUUUAUUACUAGGAAAAAAAAUCAAUUUAAAAGCUUUUGUCUAUUAUGUUCAUCAAUAAAAAUAACAUGGCAAUAGUUUUAAGUGUAAAAGUUC